GGAGCUAGCUGUGUCAAGACUAGUUUUCUCUUCUUCUUGUUCUUCCAAUUAGUUUCAGUUACAUCAAAGUAGCAAAGGCCAUACUUUUGAACUUGAAAUUGGACUGGGAAAAGGAAUAAACUACACAGUGUAGAUUUGUAGCUACAGACGCCGUUGUAUGCGUGCAACUCCAUUGUUGGGUAGAUAAUUUACGGUGCAAAGAUGAAGUUUGAAUUACUGCUUUUUACCACAUUAGCGGUGGCUUCUGCCUCACUUUGCAGAGGGUACAAGAUCGAAGGCAAAGUGUUGGUGAGUGGCGUGAAGGUGUCCACGUAUUCGACGGAGACUCGCGUGCUUGUGCAGGGCGCCGGUGGAAAAACAUCCGUAGGGUUUCUACAGAACGAUGGGCGGUUCGUCGUCUCAGGCCUUCCUGCUGGCUUGUACAUUGUGGAGGUAGCGUCAAGCAAUUACUUCUUUGAUCGUGCUAGAGUUGAGAUUUCAACUGGUGGAAAGGUGAAGGCGAAAAAGGACCAUCCCCUUCAGCCCAGCACUGGUGCGCAACUGCAUUAUCCAUUGAAGUUCAAUGCUAAGGAAACGAUGACGUUUUUCACGCCACGCGAAACCUGGUCGCUCAAGGAUGUUCUCAUGCAGCCGAUGAUUCUCAUCAUGGUUCUUCCCAUCCUACUAAUGCUAUGCUUACCAAAGAUGUUGGGCAACAUUGAUCCAGAAGCACAACGGCAAAUGCAAGAAGACGUGCCGAGCAUCUUCAACCAGUCACAGGAAAUGCCGUAUGAGCUCACAGAUGUCUUCCAGUACAUGUUCCCCGAGCGGAAGGGAAAGAAACCGUCAGCAACAAAAAAGUCAGUUACAGCGCCACGAAAAAGAUGAUGUAGCAACAGGUGUUGAGCUAGGACUAAUGUUUUAUGAAAAAUGCUGGCUAUUGUCAGGCAGUGCCGCAAUCAGUGUCCUUUCGGCUACUUUUGUGUAGUUUGGACCCUUGAUGGAAGCCAUAUGGUGUUGUUUUACUCUUCCUAUCUGCUUUAGGUGUCCAGGGCUAUGUGUCAUGACCGCAUGAUGUGCCUCUGUGUGCGUGUGUGUGUGUGUGUGUAUGUGUGCAGUAAGAAUAACCCAACCAUUGCGGUUCAUGACAUUGUACUUUUCUUCAUAAAACUCAACACUGUAAUACAGCGAAUCUCAUAAUGUGCUGGAUUGUGUCUUUCACCACAUACAUGAAGUAUUGUAAAUCCAGACCAUUUCCUACGCUUAUUUAUGAUGAUGUACUCUGGCUUCGAAAGUUUUAAAAAUGCAUACAGAAUUACCAGUCAAUCUACAUACA